AUGGCUCCAAAUGUCGACGACUCAUCUCUGGAAACCCCAUCAGGGGACAUGCUUGAUGACUCCAACGCCGACCGAACGACGCUUUCGGGGGUUGGCGGAGGCCGUAUUCAGCAGCAACUGGGUGGUAUUAAGCAGAAGCUGGAUACGGAAGCGGGUGUCAUCGAGAGCAAUGGUCAUGGUGGCAGCAGGCGAGUGGCUGUGGCGCAAAUGACAGCUGUUGGUGAUGUUGAGAAGAACUACGCUACAUGCAAAUUGCUUGUGGAGGUAAGCCUCAUGACUGUGACCAAGCGGCUGCAGCUGGUGCAACCCUCCUAUGUCCCCCUGAGUGCUUUUCCUUCAUUGGUGAACGGGAUGGAGAAGCUGCGGCAGUUGCUGAGCCGCUAG